CAUACGUUGACGCACACACUACGCGACCGUCUCUGCCUUUCCUCACUGGAGGUCAGAGGAAGCCGGGUGCGGGUUCCAUGCUGCUGGCGUGCUGAGAGGAGAGAAAUAUGCUGAGCUGAUCCCUUUGCUGCCCUAUUGGGCUAUGUGGUCUUGAGCAGUGAAGAACAGAAAAGAUGGCUUCCCGUCUCUUUCAACGAUGCUCCCGUUUGCUUGCGGCUUCCUCUGCGCAUUUUGCACCCCCAUCUUGCCAGCUUCCACAUGAAGGUUUCAAACUGCUUCACUCCUCUCAGACUUUACUGUCUCGCAGCUCCCUCCACACCUCCAGUGUGUGCAGAUGUGCGGACAGGAUACUCGAAAAAGAACAGACUUCUAACUUUCAAGCAGAAUACACCGAGUUUGAUGGUCUGCUGGAGUCCAGAUCUGGGGUGGAUGAGCUUCUGCAGCUGGGUGUGGAGCGCAGUGUGAAUGGCAAUCAAGCUGCCAUGAUCAUUUCUCAGAUCUCCAGGACUUUGAUGGAGACCAAAGCUCAGACAGACAGCGUCCUGGAGGACAAUCGCUUCAAGCAGCUGUUGCUUGUUAUGAAUAAUAAUAUUUCUACUGUUUGGAACGGGAACCUUGUCGUGCUCUUGAAGAGUCUCUAUUUCUUGGGGUUGGAAGAGAGCAGCAAGCCGAUGAGGUCCGUUGAAAAUGAGGUUCGGUGGCGCAUGAGGCGGUUCAGCUUCAAGUCCCUGGUGCAGCUUGCUGACUUCUCUGUGUCCUUCGCUCGUACCCAGGAUCAGAAGAAUCUGGUCAGUGACCUGUUAAAGAACUUGGAGCUGCGAUGGACGGAGAUAGAUGAUGCCAGGACCGUGGUGGUUCUAAUGAGCAGGGUGGGCUUCCUCUCAAAGUCUCUCAUGGAGAAGCUGGAGGACAAGGCACUGGAAUAUGCUGAACAUUUCACCCCUGAGGAUACACGGAAAGUGGCGCUGGCCCUUGCGGCACAAAAUAGACGCUCUGUACCAUUACUGCGUGCGUUGUCCUAUCACCUGGUGCAACGGCACUUUGCACUCAGCCCAGCAGUACUAAUAGACCUAGCAUUUGCUUAUGGGAAGCUAAAUUUUCACCAAGUGCAACUUUUCCAGAAGAUGGCCACUGAUCUUCUUCCCAAAGUUCCGGAAAUGAGCGCCAUUGACAUCUCGCGGUGCGUCAAGUCUUUCGCCUACCUGAAGUGGUGUAAUCUGCUUCUGUUUGACGCCUUUGCACAGGCCAGCAUGGAUGGCGCAGAGAAAUUUACCCUUAUUCAACUAAGUAACGUCAUCUUGGCAUUUGCCCGUUUGAACUUCCAACCAAGUAAACGUGAAGAAUUCUACAGCAUGGUGCACCAGCGGCUACACGAUGAGAUGGCUACGUUAGACCCAUUCCUCUUGGUGGACAUCGUAUGGUCCCUUUGCAUCCUACAGCAGGCUGACCCAUUGUAUUUGAAAACCGUGUUGAAUCCAGAGUUUGCAGUCAAGAUCUUUGAUGACAAGUCCACUAAAUUCGUCAGCUACAAACUGAAACUCAUUCACAUAAACUCCACGGCUCAGCUAGAAUGUACAGAUUACAGGGGGCCACUGCUCCCUUCUGAAACCGUGAGCACCCUACAGUCAACAUCUGCCGUCCGAAAGUUGUCCCCGCUACAGAGCGGGCUACAGAGUGUUCUCAGAGACUUGUUUCCAAAGGAGGAGACCUGCAGAUGCAGUGUGGACACUGUGUAUGGCUGGCACAUUGAUGGGGAAGUCGUUCUAGACUCUGAAAACAAACCAUUGCUCCUUCAGGAUCUGGUGGCUCCACAUCUUGCGCACAGUGAAGGGACCCGGCCAUUACCUGAGGGCGCCAGAAGAUUUGCUUUCGUCAGCUGGGAUUUCCCUAACUUUACGUCGCGCACAAAGGAUCUGCUGGGCCGGUUUGUGCUGAUGAGGAGGCAUCUCCAGACUGCUGGUUUCCUGGUGGUUGAGGUUCCUUACUACGAGUGGCAAGAUCUGAAAUCCGAGUGGCAGAAGUCUGCGUAUCUGAAGGACAAGAUUAACAAAGCAGUAGCAGAAGAGAUGGCUAGGUGAGGAGCUUGUGACAGAGGAGCCCGCCGCAUGCAGCAGAACACAGUGUAUAUAUGUAUCACCUUGUAUAGCAAUGAUCUUAACCUCUGGCAGAAAAUGAUGCUUUUACCCUGUUCCGUAUUUUAAUUUAAUUUGUAUUUUCUUUGUGGGGAAAUUUGACUUGUCUGUAAAUGGAGAAAAAAAUUACAAUGUGGGUUAAAAACUAUAAAAACAAAAAAAAUGUAAACGGA